GGGGCGCUGCAGGCGGCGGGCCAGGAGGUGACGGCGCUGCGCGCCGAGCUGGCGGCCACCGGCCGGCGCCUGGCCGAGCUGGGCAGCGACCCGGCCAUGGAGCACGGCCCGCACGGCGCGCAAGCGCUGCUGCGGGAGGAGGUGGCCCAGCUGCAGGAGGAGGUCCACCUGCUCCGGCAAAUGAAGGAAAUGCUGACCAAGGACCUGGAGGAGACACACGGCAGCAAGUCCCCCGAGGUGCUGUCGGCCACCGAGCUGAAGGUGCAGCUGGCACAGAAGGAGCAGGAGCUGGCACGUGCCAAGGAGGCUCUGCAGGCCAUGAAAGCCGACCGCAAGCGCUUGAAGGGGGAGAAGACAGACCUGGUGAGCCAGAUGCAGCAGCUGUACGCCACGCUGGAGAGCCGGGAGGAGCAGCUCCGGGACUUCAUCCGCAACUACGAGCAGCACAGGAAAGAGAGCGAGGAUGCGGUGAAAGCCCUGGCAAAGGAGAAGGAUCUCCUGGAGCGGGAGAAGUGGGAGCUGCGGCGGCAGGCCAAGGAAGCCACGGACCACGCCAGCGCCCUCCGCUCCCAGCUCGACCUGAAGGACAACCGCAUGAAGGAGCUGGAGGCCGAGCUGGCCAUGGCCAAGCAGUCCCUGGCUACGCUGACCAAGGACGUGCCCAAGCGCCAUUCCUUGGCCAUGCCGGGCGAGACGGUGCUGAACGGGAACCAGGAGUGGGUGAUGCAGGCUGACCUCCCGCUGACCGCCGCCAUCCGGCAGAGCCAGCAGACCCUCUACCACUCACACCCCCAGCACUCGGCGGACCGGCAAGCUGUCAGAGUGAGCCCCUGCCAUUCCCGGCAGCCGUCCAUCAUCUCCGACGCCUCCGCGGCCGAAGGUGACCGAUCGUCCACUCCGAGUGACAUCAACUCACCCCGGCAUCGAACGCACUCGCUCUGCAACGGGGACAGUCCUGGACCGGUACAGAAGAACUUGCACAAUCCAAUCGUACAGUCUCUAGAAGACCUGGAAGACCAAAAACGGAAAAAGAAGAAAGAGAAGAUGGGCUUUGGCUCCAUCUCCAGGGUGUUUGCCCGGGGCAAGCAGCGCAAGUCCCUCGAUCCCGGUCUCUUCGACGGGACGGCCCCCGACUACUACAUCGAGGAGGACGCGGACUGGUGACGGCGCCAGAGCCUCUCCUGGCCCUGCACAUGUACAUAUCCCCAGUCCCACAGCCCCGUCCCACCUGUGGACGUGUUACCUGUUGUCUUGGGAGCGAUGCAGCUGUGUCGUAACUUCAGUUUUUUUCCCUUUUUUCCGUGGUUUUUUUUUUUUCUUGUUUUGUUUUUCCAUCCCGGUAACUCCUUUGUUGUCGCUUCAGUUUGUCCGUUUGGGUUGGGGUUUUUUUUUUCUUGUUUUGGGAGGGUUUUUUUGUUCUUUUUUCUUGUUCUUUUGACAAAACUUGAAACUUGAAGGACUGCUGUGUCUCUGUAAAUACGAGAAAUAUUGUGCACUUUGUGCUUGUGAUGUCUCUUGUCCGAAACCGCUGUUUUCCGGAGCCCAGCCUGCGGGAUGUCCUCGCUUGGGGACAAAGGACCUGCCCAGCUGAGGGAUCUUAGAGAGAAAACACACAAAAACAACAACAAGAAAAUCUCCUUCGCUGUGAUGUCUUCCUGGCCAAGCCCCACGGAGGCAACCCGGGCUGGUUGUUACGCCUGCCGGUCUGGAAAUAAGUGUUUUAACGUUCCUUUUUAGUUGUUUUAAUUUAUUUGCACAAACCCAGAGGAGCUAUUCUAACUAAAUUAUUGCAGAAGUUUUGGGAUUUUUAUAUUUUUCCACGUCGGUUGGGAUGGGGCGGGGAGGAGGAAGGGGGUGUUUGUACUGUACUGUCCUGGGAAGUUGCUGUUGGGGGAGAUUGGGGCUGUGGACCCCCCAGCCCAGGCUCCCUCAGCUGCCCCAGGAGCACUUAACGCCUUGGAAAACGCAAACCUAAACACAUGCCGGGAGAUCAGAUGGGGGCAAGCUGGUGGGAGCUUUGCCCGCUGUUUUUCCCUGCUUUUGGGGGGUGCUCACCCUUUGCUUCAAGUAAAAUUUAGGGGGAUCCGGCACGAGCUGGGAGAAAGGUGAUAUCCCAAGAUAUCCCAUAUCCCAAGAUGUUGCUCAGAUAGGGCCGGCCACUCCGCUCCAGUUUGGGGUGUUACUGCCGUCAGAGGGGGCUGGGGAAAUCGGUACGAGUCCCCACUAGGGAGGUUUUUCUGGCUCUGGGGUGAUUUGGAAGCACAGGUGGAGCUUGUUUUUCCAAACUCCUUGGAAAUGCCCCCAAACCACCCCCCGGUGCGGCAGCCGCUUCCCCUCUCCACUAACACGUGCCGCGCUCUGCUUAUGCCAAGAUAAGUACCUUAUGCUUUAAUGCUUACAGUAUAAUUUUAAGCUCUUAAAAAAAUGUAUUAAGAUUUAUUUAAUGAACUAUAAUAGUGUAUUAUUUUUCUUAAUUCCGAUACGUGCGCCCUGGUUGAAAAAAAAAAGGGUAUUUUGUCUUAAAUCACCGAACUAAACCGAUGCCCUCGCGCUGUAUAUUCCAUUCCAAGGGAUGAUGCAGAGAGGCCAUGGAGGGGGUGACAGAGGGACCAGCCCCCCCAGGCUCUCCUGGGGUGGCAGGGCAGGCUUUGCCCCAUGGCAUCUUUUCUCUGCAGAGAAGCAUUUUUAUAUAUUUUGUUGUUUUUUGGGUUCUGUUUUGGUUUUUUUUCCUUUGUUCUCCUUGCGUUUUUAUAAUUUAAACUCUAAACCAUCAGAACAGAUGAGCGAUCUCCUUGUUAUCGAGUAGUUUCCUUUGCAUUUCAGCUUUUUUGUAAAUUAGGAAGUAAUUCUAAAAAUUACUAAGAGGAUGAUUUAUUUAAAAGAGAACUUUGCUAAAUAGCAUAUGAAUUAUGGGUAACAUUAGAUUUAACUUUUCCUCCUGUGAGCGGGGGAGAAUCCUUGAAGGCAUGGAUGCAAAUAUAAAAUUAUAAAAGAUCUAAAUAAAGCUUAUUUUAAAG